UUUAAACAUCAAUGACUUAAAUGUUUAUAGUAAUAUCGCUUUAAAAAUAUUAAAUUAACAAUUUCUAAUAUUUUCUGUUUAUAAUACUGUAAUUAUACACUACUUUUAUUUCACAUUUCAUAAGUAUUUCAUAUAAAAUGGACAAAUUGUCAAAAAAUCAAGCUAACCAUAGUGUAUAUAUACCAGAAAAUCCUGGAUCAUCACCUGCUUACAAAAGUAAACAAAGUUUAGAAAAAAAGAAACUAUCGAGAAAAUCAAUGUUGCCUUCUAGUAUAUCAAUGGAAUCAUUAAGGGAGGAAGAGGCACAUAGCAAAGAUAUGGACUUGCAAUUUCUAUAUAAUGAUUAUCUAUUAUCAACUAUGUUAGAACAUCUGACAGAAAAAAAUUCUAAGACAUUAAAAGAGUCGAUUGUAAGACAGUCAGCUGAUAUUACUAAAGCAUGUGCUGAAGAUGAAGAAGAACUAAACAAAUUAAAGAUUCGAGAAAAGGAUAUAAUAAAUUUAAGUAUUGUCCAAACCAAACUAGAUGAACAAAUAGAAGUUAUAAAUGAUUAUAUCAAAUGUGGUAAAAUAAGUGACAUAGAAGAUAUUAUGUCUCAACUAUGUACGGCUUUGAAACCUUUGGAUAUUUUACGGUGUAAUAAUAUAAUUUUACCUGAGAAAACCAACGAAUGGACAGAGUUACAUGAAAUUUUGAAGAAAUGCCAAAAUACUCUUCACAAUAUCAGAGAAUUAAUUAAUACUAAUUUAGAAACGUAUGAAACUGUACACAAAGGAAUACAAGAUUUUACUUCAACAUACAAUGAUAUCGAAGCUUGUCAGAAAAAGUUGGACAGUGCACUCCAAGAUUUGCAAAUAACUGUAUUGAAAAAUGGUUCUUUUUCUUUGGAAUAAUAUUAAUAAGAUUAGCAUUUAAAAUAUGUG